CUCUGAAGUACUAUCGCAUAUUAGAACUUAAUAAUAGCAUUAAACAGUUGAGUAUCUAUGAUAUCAGCCAACUCGUGUUGGGCACUUGAAAAAACCCAAGUACCUACAUAGCGGAGAAUCAUAAUCUUAUGGGAUAGUUCAAACUGGUUUUAGUCGCUUUAAGAUUUUAAAUUUAUCCGUAUUCUCGUUGAACUGUGACUUCCCAGAUAAUGUGGAUUAUGUGGAUUUUGUUCUGAUGCUUGUAUAUGAGUUAUUAUUAUUUAUGAGCCACAGUGGAGUGUCUAUCAUGAAUCAGGAAUCAAUAGUACCAGAGGUUAUAGAUGUGGCACCCCAAGGUACUAUUUCUGUGACAUACCCGAGUGGAAAAGAAGUGAAAUUUGGAAAUGAGUUGACUCCUACAGAAGUUAAAGAUGAGCCUACUGUUAGUUGGGAAGCAAACUCUGAUGAAUACUAUCUUCUUAUUAUGACUGAUCAUGAUACACCCGAGGAAGUCAGAGAAGUGAAACAUUGGCUUGUUGGAAAUAUAAAAGGAUCCGAUUUAUCAACAGGAGAAGUCUUUGCAGAAUAUUUGGGAUCUGGGCCACCUAAGGGAACUGGUUUACACAAAUAUAUAUUUUUAGUGUAUAAACAACCUCAAAAAAUUGAUUUUCAUGAACCACCUAGGGUUGCUCAUAAUUCGAGGGCCAACAGAUUGAAGUUUUCAGUACGGAAUUUUGCGAAAGAAUACAAUUUAGGUGAUCCGGUUGCUGGCAAUUACUAUAAGGCUCAGUGGGAUGAGUACGUUGAUGAAAGAAACAAACAUAUGUGUUAAUUUCAAUAAAUCUCUUGAACUCGAAA